AUGCGGUUCACCAACGCCGUUUGGGCUUUGGCGGCCAGCUUUGGAUUCGCACACGGGGUCCACUCCGGCAACCUUCGCGAUUUGCCCGGGCGCCUUCGAAGCAGAGACAAGGAGGGCAAACAGCAGAGCCAGUUACAGCCCUUUCAGUCUGCGGCCGUCCUAGAUACGCCUUCGCCUUUCGAGAAUGCCAACACGACGAAGCUCUCCGUCAAUGGCACCGGUCUACCCGAAGUCGAAUUCGAUAUUGGAGAGUCGUACGCCGGACAGCUCCCCAUUGGUGGCGACAGCGACGGCAAUUUGUUCUUCUGGUUCUUCCCAACCACUAACAAAGACCGCCCAAAGGAGAUUCUGAUCUUUCUGAACGGCGGCCCUGGAUGCUCCUCCAUGACUGGGUUCAUGCAGGAGAACUGCCCCUUUCAGUGGCACGAGUGCAUGGUCGAGGCCGCUAAGAAUCCCUGGAGCUGGCAUCACGCGACCAAUGACGAGGACGACCUCGCGCAGCAGUUCAUGGGCUUCUGGAAGAACUUUGUCGACACAUUUGGACUGCACCACUACGAGGUGUACGUGACGGGAGAGUCGCACGCCGGCAUGUUCGCACCCUACAUCGCCAAGCACUUCCUCGACGCCAACGCUUCCACCCCAGGCUACUUCGGCGUGCGCGGCAUGCUGCUCUACAACCCCUUCAUCGCGCCCAUGGUCGUUCAUCAACAAAUCCCCGCGGUCGCACUGGUCAACACCUUCCGCACCAUCUUCUCCUCCACCGACAAGACACUCGCAAUCCUCCGCAAUGCCAGCCAAGCCUGUGGCUACGAUGCCUUCAUUGCCAAGCACCUAGCCUUCCCUCCCCCCGAAAGCUCCAGAUUGCCGAACCCCUCAUCCCGUCCCACAGCACCACCGACGGAAUCUGGCUCGACGUUCGCCAUUGCGACACGCACUUCUUCGCCCUCUCAAACUACGCCCUCUCCGACCCAGGCUUCAGCAUCUACCAACUAA